CCAAACGAAUUCAAUGGUACCCCACAAGUAAUUUCUUCGCGGAUAGCCUUUCCUAUCUUCACGUUAUCAACACCAUUAAAGCCGGUGGAAGCUCCAAACAAUGGCGACAAUGACCACAAUGAUCUCUUCACUCCCUUCAACCUCUGCAUUCCAAUUGCCCACUUCCACUCCUUCGCCAACAACUCUCGCCUUAAUCAACCCCACCUCCACUACCAUAUCUUAUAAUCGCAGAAAACCCAACAAGACCAAGAAUCUGCUGAUCCGAGCCUCAUCGCGUAUGAUCGAGAAGGAGACGGCGGAGACACACCGCCCCGACACUUUCCUCCGAGAAUCCGAUGGUGGUUCGUCAAAUCAGGAUGUGGGGACGAAUUCAGUCAGGGCACGGUUCGAGAAGAUGAUAAGGGAAGCGCAGGAUAGCGUUUGCGCUGCCAUUGAAGCGGCUGACGGAGGUGGGAAGUUUAAGGAGGAUGUCUGGUCAAGGCCAGGAGGCGGCGGUGGGAUUAGCAGGGUUUUACAAGACGGCGCCGUUUGGGAGAAGGCUGGAGUCAAUGUGUCUGUAGUCUAUGGUGUGAUGCCCCCAGAAGCAUAUAGGGCUGCUAAGCCUGCAAAUAGUGCCGAAAAUGGCAACUUUAAGCCUGAACCUGUUCCAUUUUUCGCUGCUGGAAUCAGCUCCGUUUUACACCCAAAGAACCCUUUUGCACCUACACUACAUUUUAAUUAUCGUUAUUUUGAAACCGAUGCUCCAAAAGAUGCUCCUGGAGCACCAAGGCAGUGGUGGUUUGGUGGUGGUACUGAUUUGACUCCUGCUUAUAUAUUCGAGGAAGAUGUCAAACACUUCCAUUCGGUACAAAAAGCUGCUUGUGACAAGUUUGACCCGAGUUUCUAUCCACGGUUUAAGAAAUGGUGUGAUGACUAUUUCUACAUUAAGCACCGAGAUGAGAGGAGAGGGCUUGGAGGCAUAUUUUUUGAUGAUCUUAACGACUAUGAUCAGGAAAUGCUACUCUCCUUUGCUACAGAAUGUGCAAACUCGGUGGUGGAUGCAUACAUUCCAAUUAUAGAAAGGAGAAAGGAUUUGCCAUUCACAGAUCAAAACAAGGCAUGGCAACAACUCCGAAGGGGACGAUAUGUUGAAUUCAACUUGGUGUAUGAUCGAGGAACAACAUUUGGUCUCAAAACCGGAGGUCGAAUUGAAAGCAUUCUUGUCUCUCUUCCACUAACAGCCCGGUGGGAAUAUGACCAUAAACCAGAAGAGGGGAGUGAAGAAUGGAAACUUUUGGAUGCUUGUAUUAACCCUAAGGAGUGGAUUUGAAUAUUUGAUGAUGUUUUCAUUACAUGUAAUAUUCAUGUUAUGUUAUCUUUAGGAUUUCCUUUUUUGCAUCGAGUUUUGUUAAUUGUAGAGAUGAUGUUAUUUGAGAUGGUAGUUGAGUGAGUAGAUUGUAAACAGGAUAUCAUGAAAGGUUAAAGGAGUUGUAAGUUGUUUUAUAUACGUAUAUUCUUUUUGAGUU